AUGAUGGUCCCAUUUCGACGUAAGAAAUCUAACAAACAAUUUCCAGUGAAAGUAUGUACCUUUGAUUCGGAGCUUGAAUUUCACCUUGAGCACCGAGCAACAGGUAGAUACUUGUUUGAAUUAAUAUGUCGAACGAUCGGCCUGCGCGAGACAUGGUACUUUGGGUUGCAGUUCGAAGAUUCCAAAGGAAACCUGUCGUGGCUGAAAAUGGACAAGAAGGUCCAGGAUCAGAGCGUGCACAUGACAAACGGUAGCUGUAUGUUUAUAUUCUUAGCCAAGUUUUUUCCCGAAAAUGUGGCUGAAGAGCUAGUACAGGAGGUAACGCAGCAUCUGUUCUUUCUACAAAUAAAACAAGCCAUAUUGUCGAUGGAUGUGUACUGUCCGCCGGAGGCAUCUGUGUUGCUUGCCUCAUACGCGGUGCAAGCCAAGUACGGCGAUUAUGACGAAGCAGUAUGUAAGCCAGGGAUGCUGAUCAGCGAAAAUUUGCUGCCGCAACGCGUGAUCGAUCAGUAUCAAAUGACACCCCAAAUGUGGGAAGAACGCAUUAAAACGUGGUAUGCAGAUCAUCGAGGUAUGUCCAGAGAUGAGGCAGAAAUGGAAUAUCUAAAGAUUGCGCAGGAUCUGGAUAUGUUUGGUGUCAACUACUUUCCUAUAACGAACAAGAAAAACACGGAAGUUUGGCUUGGUGUGACGGCGUUGGGAUUGAACAUUUAUAACAAAGAAAACAAGUUGCUGCCAGUGACAACUUUCCAGUGGAAUGAAAUCCUGCACAUCAGUUUCGACGAUCGAAAGUUUGUGGUGAAAACUAAUGACAGCAAAAGCCCCAAGCCUGUGAUAUUCUAUUCGCAAAAGCUGCGCAUCAACAAAUUGAUAUUGGAUCUGUGCGUGGGCAACCACGAUCUUUACAUGAAACGGCGCAAACCCGAUACGAUGGAAAUUCAACAAAUGAAAGCCCAAGCGAAAGAGGAAAAGCAACGAAGGCAGGUCGAGCGGAAUAAGUUAACGCGCGAAAAGCAGCUGCGUGAAGCGGCAGAGCGAGAAAAGGCAGCGAUGGAGCAGAGACUGAUGCAGCUGCAGGAAGAGAUGCGAGCCGCGAACGAAGCUUUGCAUCGCAGUGAAGAGGCAGCGGAACUUUUGGCGGAAAAAAAUCGCCUUGCUGAGGAAGAGGCAAUGCUACUCUCUCACAAGGCCCAGGAAGUUGAGCAGGAGAUCAAUCGGAUGCGUAUGACUGCUCGCAAAACGGAAGAAGAAAAGAUGUACCUGGAGCGAAAGACACAAGAAGCAGAGUUACUCACUGCUCGCAUGAUGGAGGAAUCACGCAAACGAGCUUUAGAGGCCGACAAGUUGAAAAAUGAACUGAUACACGCGCGUGUGGCAGAAAAGGAAGCGAAAGAAAAAUUGCUGAAUUUUCUAAGUCGAACGUCCACCGAAUCGAUACUCAUUACACCUUCUUCAUCACCGGAAUCUCCUAUGCAUGAAAUGCAUUCGUACGAUCUCUUGGCCGACGGUGAUAUGGAACAACUUUCACUGGAAAUCGAAAAAGAACGGGUUGAAUACUUGGCCAAGUCGAAACAAGUACAGAAUCAGCUCAAGGAGCUUCGCUCUGAAAUUGAGCAACUAAAAAUCGGUGAGAAUCAAUGCCCACUGGAUGACAUCAAUGCCGAGCAGUUGCGGCUAGGUGAGACAAAAUAUUCCACCCUGAAAAAGGUUAAGUCCGGUUCAACAAAAGCACGAGUAGCAUUUUUUGAGGAACUGGAGCCGGAAGAAUCGAUAGUGUAAAACAUUACGAUCGGUUACGAUUUUUUCGUAUCUAGCACAACCUAUCUCAGGAAUGACAACUAUUAUAAGGUGCCUUGCAAAAUUAACGAACAUAUCAGACAGUUUCGAACGAAACCAAAGCCAGAAAAGAGCUCGGGCCAUGAGAACAAAUGCGAACGAAUUGUUAGGACUAUUGUUAUGCCGAAAAACUUCAACAGACUGCCAGUUUCUUCUAAUGAGGUGACACAAUGGAAAAGUGAACGUUUUCUAUUGAAAUAGAUUCAAAUGUUCCUGCGUCGACAAUAAAUUGAAAUUUUAUGUUUAUAAUCCA